UUCCCAAGCCGUGGUUUUUAUCCUCUCAGAGAGCGUUCUUUAGAGAUGACGGCGCUUAUCCGGUGUUGCUCCUCCUUCUCCUAUACUUCCGGUGGACAAACACCGCCGCGCGACAAGUCUCAUGGUCCAGGGAUUGCAAAGUUAGUAGUCAGAAACCCUGGAGAUCAUCAUCCUUUCUCCAAAAUUUUGCAGUUGUCUUCUCAGCACAAGGAGCGUGAAGGCAGCGUGGGAACUCUUGAAAAGUUUUCAGCUUUUGAGGGAAUUGGGAGGCUCAAAUUACCGGUAAUGGCUGUGUUGUUGACAAACUCCCUACAAAUGGCUACACCACUUGAAGCUUUGGCUGCUGAGACAUGUGAGCCAGAGAGCUCAAUGUUCAGCAUGCCAAUUUUGUUACUUGUAGCUUUAGUUGGAGCCACUGUUGGAGGGUUGGUUGCUCGGCAGAGGAAAGGGGAGUUACAGAGAUUGAAUGAACAACUACGACAGAUUAACGCAGCUCUUAGGAGACAAGCGAAAAUUGAGUCUUAUGCACCAAGCUUGAGUUAUGCCCCGGUGGGAGCAAGAAUCCCAGAGAGUGAAAUCAUUGUGGAACCAAAGAAACAAGAGUUGAUUUCCAAGUUGAAAACAGGAAAAACCUAUCUUAGGAGCCAAGAACCAGAGAAAGCGUAUGCUGAGUUUAAGAUAGCUUUGGAACUUGCUCAGAGUCUCGGAGACCCCAUCGAAGAAAAGAAAGCUGCAAGAGGCUUAGGCGCCUCGCUUCAACGCCAAGGGAAGUAUAGAGAAGCCAUUCAGUAUCACUCCAUGGUUCUAGCCAUCUCAAAGAGGGUAGGUGAAGAUUCUGGAAUCACUGAAGCAUAUGGAGCUAUUGCAGACUGUUAUACUGAGCUGGGAGAUCUCGAGAAAGCUGGAAAUUUCUAUGACACAUACAUUGCUCGGUUAGAGACAGACUGAUUCUUCCGCAAUGUCCUUUGUUGUAUGUUUGUGUUCUAUGUCAAAUCACAUAAAAUGGACAUCCAAAUCCCUUUUAUUGAAUGUAAUUCGCUUGUCUUACAAUCCAUGGGGAUACAUAAACUAAGCAUACAGCUGAA